AGAAUGUGUGACGUCACAGUUACUCCUCCUCUCGUCCAACUGUAGAGCAUUCCUUUAUUUUUAUAUCGAGUUAGCUUUAGCAUGGCUCGUAGGUGUGUAGUCCUCGGUUGUCAAAAGUCUAAUGGCUUACACAACUUUCCAGUCGACUUGGAAGUUAGGCAACAGUGGUUUAGUGCAAUUGGCAUUGAAUCCAGCGACCUCCGUCCUGGUGAUGGGAUUUGCAAUGAACAUUUCACUCGGGAUUGUUUUACUAACUUCAUCGAGGUUGAAAUGGGUUUUCUUAAGCGCCUCCGACUAAAGAGCCAUGCUGUACCAACGCUUGCUCUUCGACGAUUGAGUCGCCAGUAUCGCCGUUUGGAGCCUAAAGUUCCUCAGGAAAUUGGCUGUCCCACUGAACCAGUCACAUGCAUCUGCAAGUCUGAAGAGAGUCGCAGGGCUUGCUCGAUAUCAUUAAAAAGGAAGAGAUUGGAAUGGUCCACUAAUGGUUCGAGCAACCAGAUGGAUGGGGGUCCAAGCACUGAGAACUCCUCAAGCACCUGUGAAGUCUCUCCUUACAACGGGAAGAAGUACAUUGUUAAUGAAGACCAGUUGCUGAAGCUUUUCCAAAGGUGUCCAGUUUGCAGCCAGACCUGCACUAUUCAAAAAUCAACAGAGGGGACUCUCCUCCGUGUCAAUCAGCGGUGUCCUCACUGUGACUACCAUGAUGAAUGGUCCAGUCAGCCCUUGGUUAAUAACACUCCUGUGGAAAACAAUCAGCUUGGUGCUCCCGUUCUUAACAAUGGUUCUUCAUCUAGUCAGAUAUCCAAAACUCCAGUCUGGACCAAGCAGAACCAGAACCUCCGCAGAUCAAAGAGGAACCAGAAGAACAGUGCAGCAAUCAGGAAGGGGAGCAGAAUCAGGAGACUGACGUGAAAGUGGAGUUUGAGUCCGAAUGUGGAGAAACAACUGAAGAAUCUGAAAAUAUGUUUGAAUUCAAUGAAGACAUGGAUCAACAGUAUUGCUUAAGAAAUAUUAUCAGGAUUCCCGAGAGACAAUUACAUGAAAUAGAUGUCUCCCAGCGAUAUGAGUAUAAAAAGGAGGAUGACCCAGAACCUCUGCAGAUCAAAGAGGAACCAGAGGAGCUGUGGGGUAACCAGGACGGACAGCAGCUGCUCUUGAAUCAGGAACCUGAUGUGAAGGUGGAGUUCAUGUCUGAAUGUGAGGAAAAAUCGGAAGACGGCGAAAAUUUCAUGUUUGAGUUCAAGGAAGAGACGGAUCAAGACUGCAGUCUGCAGAACAUCACAGAGGAUUCUGAAGUAGAGCCGCAGAACAAAGCCCCAUCAUCCACUUCCACUGGAUCUCACCUGGGCGAUCAGGAGACGUUUGAUCGUCCCACCAUUGCAGGGGCUUCAACUUUGAACAGGAAAAGGAAGCGAAAGACGAGGCUCGACGCCACCGAUGUGAUGAAUGCCUUCCUGGAAAUCCAGCAGCAGCAGCACGAGGAGUUUAUGCGUGCCGAGGAGCUGCGCCACCAGCAGGAGUCGCAGAUGUUGAAGGAUUGGAUGAAGGCGGACAGAGAGAUGGAGGAACGUCACCUGGAACUGCAGAGCCAGACUAACCACAUGUUUGAGAGAAUAAUGACCCGACUGCUGGACUUCAUGGUGCCUCCAACUCAUCAAAAGAUGUCUCGAGCCCAACAAACUCCUCACAGUUUUUUCUUGGAUUAUUAACCGACGGCAGAGGAAUCCAGACCAUGAUCACCACGAGCUUGAACACACUCAAGUUUGACCAAAACUGUUGUUUUUUUUAAUUUUAUUGUUCCUCAGUGCUGAUAAGAGUAAAGAUUUUUGAUAUGUUCGUUUUAACAAUUGUUGUUUGCUUUUUUCUUUAGUUACUACUUUUCUGUUUGGAUUAAAAGAUCUUUCUCAAAGCA